CGGCCACCCAGGUGCCACAGGCCACAGGCCACAGCCCAUUCCCUCACGCCGAGCCGAGCGCAGCGCACUCCUUUUACCGCUCCACGUCGCGGCGUCUCCGCGCACUUGCUCGCCGACCGAUGCCGCUGCUGCUGCGCGGCGCCUCCCUUCUCCGCCUCUACCAGUGUACCUGUGGGCUUCGAAGUGCGAAUUUCAGUUCAAGAGUACCUGCACUAGUGAAUCUCAUCACCACGAGGGACAGAAUGCGGGCUACAUAUUCGCGUAGAGCUGCCUCUAAGAACAGUGAGGUCAACAAAGAUGAGCAGCCAGUCAUAGAGAAGGAAGAUGCUGCUGAAAGUGAUUUGGAGAUAGAGAGUGUGAGGAGCAACCCUAGCCAGCUCCAAUCAAUGACUGUCAAGGAGCUCAGGGAGCUCACGAGGAGGAUGGGUGUUUCUGUGAAAGGUACCAAGAAAGAUUUAGUAUCAGCCUUGAUGAAUUCUCUGGGCGUGGAAGCAAAUGGUGACGAGGGAAAGUCAUCCAUUGAGCUGGUUAGCCCCUCGGAGAUACCUUUAAAAAGAAAAAGUGGUGCUUCUGUUGUGAUUGAACAAAAACUAGAAAGUUCUGAGAUUAUUUCUGAAACACCUAGCAAGAAAAGAAGUAGAACAAAACAAAAGUCAAGCAAGAGUACCACCCUUGAGGAGAAUUCUGUGACUAAUGUCAAGCUAAGUAAGACUAUUGUCCAGAAGGAAACAUUUGUCGUCCAAGGUGCUGUUCCUAAUGACGAUUCAGAGCCUUGGACUGUACUCGUGCAUAAGAAACCACAAGCUGGCUGGAUUCCAUACAACCCUAAGACUAUGAGGCCUCCACCUCUUAGCAAGGAUACACGUGCUCUGAAGAUUAUGUCAUGGAAUGUCAAUGGAUUGAAAGCAUUGCUCAAAUCAAGAGGCUUCUCUGUGCAGCAAUUAGCACAGAGGGAGGACUUUGAUGUGCUAUGCUUACAAGAGACAAAAAUGCAGGAGAAGGAUGUUGAAGUUAUUAAAGACACUUUGCUUGAUGGCUACACAAAUAGUUUCUUUACUUGCAGUGUGUCAAAGCUUGGCUAUUCUGGCACUGCAAUAAUUUCAAGAGUCAAACCACUCUCGAUCAAGUAUGGGCUUGGUAUACCAGACCAUGAUACUGAAGGGAGGGUUGUGACUGUAGAGUUCGAUGACUUCUACCUGUUAACUGCUUAUGUACCAAACUCUGGUGAUGGUCUAAAAAGAUUGACUUACAGGGUCACAGAGUGGGAUCCAUCCCUUGGUAACUACAUGAAAGAAUUGGAGAAAUCGAAGCCUGUCAUACUAACCGGUGACCUUAAUUGUGCGCACCAGGAGAUUGAUAUACAUGACCCUGCCGGAAACCGUAAAAGUGCAGGCUUCACAAACGAGGAAAGAGAAUCAUUUGAGACCAAUUUUUUGUCCAAAGGGUUUGUUGAUACGUUUCGGAAACAGCAUCCUAGUGUUGUUGCCUAUAGUUACUGGGGGUACAGGCAUAAUGCCCGGAAGACAAACAAAGUCGUGUCUGCCGCGGCGAACAUGAGCACCACAUCGUCUCAGCAUGGUGGUUACCCUGCCCAGAGGUCUGCGGCGAACAUGGGAUCCACAUCUUCUCAGCGUGGUUACCCUGCCCGGAAGUCUGAGCCCUGGACUCGCCUUACCCACCAAGAGAGACGACCGCAAUGGGUUGCUUAUAAUCCAAGGACAAUGAGACCUCCGCCACUUGGCACUGAUACCAAUUGUAUGAAGAUUCUGUCCUGGAACGUUAAUGGACUUCAAACUAUUGUGCAGUCAGGGUUUUCUGCAGAUGAAUUGGUUGGCAGAGAGAACUUUGACGUCUUGUGUCUUCAAGAGACACACUUGCAGGAGCGCAAUGUUGACCUUUUUAAGAACCUGGUACCUGAAUAUGAUUACACCUAUUGGUCAUGCAGUGUUGCAAGGCUUGGUUAUUCAGGAACUGCUGUGAUAUCACGGGUACAACCAAUCUCAGUCCAAUACGGGCUUGGUGUACCAGAGCAUGAUCAGGAGGGCAGGCUUAUUACCUUGGAGUUUGAUGAUUUUUACUUGGUCAAUGCUUAUGUCCCAAAUUCUGGCCGUGGUUUACGUAGACUGAAUUACAGGGUCAAUGAGUGGGAUCCAUGCUUUAGCGACUUCAUAAAGAAACUGGAAUCUUCCAAACCAGUAAUUGUUGCUGGGGAUCUAAACUGUGCUCGCGAAAGUAUUGACAUUCACAAUCCUCAAGCAAAAACCGAGGCUGCAGGUUUCACAGUUGAAGAGAGGGAGUCAUUUGAGGAGAACUUCUCUAGCGAAGGUCUUAUUGAUACAUUCCGUAAACAACACCCGAAUGCUGUGGCCUACACUUUCUGGGGUGAAAACCAGCGCAUUACCAACAAAGGCUGGAGACUGGAUUACUUUCUUGCGUCAGAGUCUAUUGCCGACAAGGUCCAUGAUUCCUACACUCUGCCAGAUGUAUCGCUCAGCGAUCACAGUCCAAUUGGCCUUGUGCUUAAGUUGUAGACACUGAUGCAUCUCUCAGCUAUUUGACAACUGAAGCAUGAAGUUUAAGCGUCGUCCUAAAUAAAAAGAUUUGUAGAAAGAUUUUGCUUAUGUAGGCUGAAAACUAUUCAAACUCAGGUGGUGGUACUUCGCGUGGUCUCCUGUGGUCUGUGGAGGUAGUGGAUCGCCUAUUCACGUUGUGUUCGUGAAGUUAAAAGUAGCCUAGAGCAAUUAUUAGCUGAUGUUCUUAUACCUCGUGAAUGCAACCGACCGAAUAACACAUCGUUUUACAUUCACAAUUUGGCAUCUUGAAUUUAGAGUGUUUGCGAAGGAACUA